AUGACCAGCGCGGACGUGUCCCACAUCCCUCGUCGGAAUAAGAAGCAAGACGACCCAAAGAUGAUCGGCCUCUGGAAGGUCGGUAGAACUAUUGGAAAGGGGAGCUCAGGUCGCGUCAGAAUCGCACGGCACAUCAAGACUGGUCAAUAUGCUGCUGUGAAAAUAGUCUCUAAGAAUGCUCUUCUCAACUCCCGAGUCUCUCUUCAUAGUCUUGGCGACGAAGCUGAACGAAUUCUGCAUAGUAUCGAGAGGGAGAUUGUCAUAAUGAAGCUGAUUGAACACCCUAACAUUAUGCGCCUCUACGACGUCUGGGAGACUUCUAGCGAGCUGUAUCUGAUCUUGGAAUACGUCGAAGGCGGAGAACUCUUUGACUAUCUGUGCAACAAAGGUCGCUUGUCUUCUGCCGAGGCUCUUGAAUAUUUUCAGCAGAUCAUUACCGCAGUCCAUUACUGCCAUCGCUUCAACAUCGCGCACCGUGACCUGAAGCCGGAAAACCUACUUCUCGACCGUAACAAGAAUAUAAAGGUAGCGGACUUUGGCAUGGCUGCAUGGCAAGGAAGAGGCGACCUGCUACGAACUGCGUGUGGAAGCCCCCAUUAUGCUGCACCAGAGGUCAUCAUGGGUCAAGCUUAUGAUGGUUCUUACUCUGAUAUCUGGUCUUGUGGCAUUAUCUUGUAUGCUCUACUCGCCGGAAGGCUUCCCUUCGACCACGAGGACUUACCAACGUUGUUGGAGAAAGUUAAGAUUGGGACAUUCACAAUGCCUGUGGACAUCGACCCUCGGGCGAAGGAUCUUAUCAACAAGAUGCUUCAGAAGGAUGUCUCCAAACGUAUCACUAUCCCCGACAUCCUGAGGCAUCCAUUUUAUACUUCUCACAAGCCUAAGAAGAUGGAUUGUGAUAUUCCUAACCUCGACGACAUAGCCAGACCUCUCGCCAACGCUAAUGCCAUAGAUCCGGACAUCUUCGCCAACCUCCGUACGCUCUGGAAUGGAACGCCGGAUGAGCAGAUCGUUAUAAGUCUGACAAACGAGGAGCAAACGUGGGAGAAAGGUGUCUAUCACCUGCUUGUCCGCUACCGCGCCAAGCACUUAGAGAAUUAUGACGAAGACGAGGAGAGGUUAGCGGCCAAACGUGCCUCCAGACGGCACGGUAAAAAUUCAUCCUCACAGGAUGAAACUCACGAUCCAGUGCUCGAUGUUGUACCUCCUCGCGCUGGUCUGCCUACCCCGCAUCGUCCGAGGGGUCUUACCGCUGAAGAUACAUCGGUCACUGCUACUCCAGGCUUGAGUCAGAUGCGACAGCUGUCGUUCUUAGGCUCUUCUUUGGCUGUCUCGAGCCAGGCCACGCCGACAUCUGUGUGUCCACAACCACCGUCCUCCGUCACGUCCGCUCUGGCGUCUAGUAUGUUUUCUCAGGCCACGCCGAGCGUUGCGAGUCCCAUGUCGCUUCAGGUACCAGUGGUGCAAGACGAGCGUAUACAGCAGUUCUUCAAUCAGAUUGUCGAACAUCUGAACGUCAUGCAAACCGUGGGGGGUAGUCCCUGUCCGAGUCGCCCGACGGCGGACCCACUGGGCUCCCCGGGUAGCAUUGCUGCUCCACCACCGACCCCAUUUAUGAUGGGUCCUAGAAGUCCCGCAACUCACGGCAACAACGACAUUAGGUUCGUGCGGAGAGGGGAAAAGCUCGCAUCGACCGAGACAUUUGACACGAAACUAUAUGAUUAUAUAUAUCCUGACAGCACGACUCGUCCUCUCAGCGUCAGACCCAGAUCACCUCAGCGUCCAGACAGGGGCGGAGACAAGGAGAAUGCCACACCACAUCCACAGCUAACGGUCAACACGAACCUCGGAUGUGUACGCAAACGCAAAUCGUUUUCAGGAAUGGACCGUCGCGUGCAAAUCCUCGAACCGCCCAAUGCUGAACGCGGGAAGCUCAGAAAGAAGAGGAAGGAUGGUAUAUCUCCCACUUCCCCCGCAUCUAGACUGUCCGGGCUGUCGGAAGGAUCAUUUGCGCUGCCGUCGACGCCAAAGCGGCGCUGGUUUGGGCACUUAUUCAAGUUCAAGCCGACGACGUACCACCUGCUCUCGAUUGAUGAACCGCACGCGACGAUCCAUAUCUGCCGCGAGCUGCUUGAGGAGAUGGGCGUGUCCGUUGCACUAGCUAACAUGCCUCCUGACGAGCGCGCGGGGCAGAUGUCCGACACGCUAACGUUGAAAUGCUGGCUGGAUGACGCCCGCAACCCGCGAGGCAUCAUGACGCCUCUCAAGGGCGUGCGCUUUCGUGUGGAGGUGCACCGGCCGAACGCGAUACAGAUUAUGGCUGGGUAUAUCGUUCAGCUGAGCUUGGUGUUGGAAAAGGGUGCGGCAACGAGUUUGAAGCUGGUGUAUAACCGGUUGCGGAGGGAGUGGGACCUUGAUUCGGCGCCGACAACGUCUCCACUACCGAGCCGCAGUCCAAUGCUGGAGGAAGAUGACCGAUUCGUCGAAGUUGUGCAUGCUCGGUGA